CGACUCAUCUUGCCAGCCUCUGAAUGCUCAUACCGCUCCCCUCUCCGGAGUCUCUCGCGCACCGCGCCCGUAUCGCGGCACUCCUCGCGCCGCUUCGGCCGACGCACUUUCGGGCCCCCCUCACCCGUCUCGAGGCCCACCGCAUACCAACGCUAUGGACGUUAUACAGAGGGAUCCUCCGUGACGCUCCUGACGAGGUGAUCAGGUCGCGCAUGCGCGCGUUCUUCCGCGUCCGUAGCAAUAUGCGUGCACAUGGAGACGUCGUUCGGGAGCUGCGGAAGGCUCACAAGUGGUGGGACAUAUUCCGGAAAGCUCGUGCGGGCGACCCGCACUUCACCGCCGUAUGCGCCCGGUACAGCAGGAUGCUGGACGGGGCACGGUUGCAGCGUCGAGCAGACCUGGUCUACCAAGAGGAGCUGGACUGGUACGAGAGGAUGCGCACGCGUCCGAUCAUGACCGGGGCCUACCUCCGACCGACCCUCUUCAACAAACCUCUUCCGCGGCUCGUCCCCCAGCCGCUGCACAUCACGGGCAUGCUCACGGCGAGACGCAAAGCGCGCCAACGUCGUAUUGAUUUGUUUGAGACCGCCCAAGAGCACGCGAAGCUGCUGUAUGCGGAGAUCAAGUUCGAAGAGGCUCUUGUCGGUACGGGGGCCAAGGGCAAGGGCAAGAAGCCGAUCGAGCGCGUCUUCACGGAGGACGUUGCCGGAUGGCGUCAGCCGAUUGACGACCUCAUGAAGAGCAUAUCCGACAGCUUCGAGCUCGAGCGCCAGCGUCAGCUGUCGCCUUAUCCCCCCGAGAUGCUCGCCGCCAUCAAAGAGGCGCGGCGGGAGAAAGUCCGGAAUAAAACGCGCGAACGCGAGCGGUGGCGACGCGGGGAGGUCACGAACCGCCUUCGCAAGCUGAUGAACAAGGGCCCUCCCCCGCACGUCCUCGCGCGGAUGACUGACGAGCAGAGGCGCAUGGACAGGCUAGCGCGAUGCCCAAGCGAGGUCGGGUAUGUCGCGGAGGUAAAGCGGAAGCUUGGACAUAGGUUGAGAGACGACGAGACGUGGCGAGUCGAGCUAGGGAAGCCGGAGAACCAGAAGACAUUGGACAGGAUGGCGGAGGAGAUAGAGGCGGAAAGCGCGAGGCGGCGUGCCGGUGUGGGCGAGGAUGUGGCAAGCUAGUGCGUGUGCAUAUAUAUGCCUUGCAUGGAAUUGAACG